GGAGUGCACCGAAGACAAUUCUAACAGAUCAAAACCGGGCGAUGGAGGUCGCCAUAAAAAGUGUUAUGCCUCAGACGGUGCACAGAUGGUGCAAGUGGCACGUGCUGAAAAAGGCGAACGAAUCUCUCGAUUCAUUGUACACCAAGAAGAGCAAGUUCAGGGCAAAGUUCCACAAGGUAGUGAAUCACAUGCUCACGAUCGAUGAAUUUGAGGAAGCUUGGAAGAUAUUGGUGAAGAAAUAUAAUUUGAAGAUGCACGAUUACAUGACGCAACUCUAUGAAAUAAGACACAAGUGGGCAAAGCCAUAUAUUAAAGGUGUUUUCUGUGCUAAGAUGACCAACACCCGGCGCAGCGAAAGUGCAAACCACAUCGUGAAGAACUAUGUUCCACCUGAUUGUCCGAUGCAUAUGUUUGUGAAGAAAUACAUGAGACUUCAAUUUGACAGGGAAGCAGAGGAGAACUAUGAGGAGAAACGGACAUGAAUAGUAAGUCAUAUUUGAUAAUUGCCACUGGAUGUCUAGUAGUAACCUAGUUACUACUUUGAUGUAUCUAUAUUUCAGGGUAGACCGCUGUACAAGGCUAACUUAGCUAUUGAGCGACUCGCUGGCAAGGUGUAAACACGGGCUAUGUUUGAAUAGUUUGGACAUAUGCUAUAUGAGUUUGGCGCAUACAGUGAAUGAUGAUGCUAAUUCUGCGAGUGACAGUGGGAACAGACACGUUGGUUUGUUGGCGCCAAAGAAACGGAAAGAAAUGGGGCGCCCAACAACCAGCUGGGAGAAGGCACCGUAUGAGGGGCUGAGCAAGCGGACGAGGUUCUGCAGCAUAUGUCGCCAGCAGGGCCACAAACGGACUACUUGCCCGGACCAUGGUGAUGCCCCGAAGCCUGUUCGGAAACCAGCAAGGUGCAAAAGUUAUGGAAUUGAAGGUCACAGGCAAAACAACUGCCACAAAGUAGGUGAUCUGCGGAUGACUGGCAUGUGAGCAGUUGCAGCACCCUGUCUGUCAAGACAGAAAUAUAUAGAACUUAAUGUGUGCGGCUGUAGUUCCGUCAGUAGAACUCCUCUAGUGUCAUGCUUGCUGAGUGUGUUCGACUGCUGCUAUGCAUGGCAGAAUCAAAUAUGGAUUAUCAGAAAUAAUGUAUGCUUGAAUUGGUCUGAAUGUCGACGUAUUAGUAUUCGCACGAUGAGUGCGUUUUAUUUUUCUGAAUUUUUGUACACUCUGGUGAUGCAUUCUGAGUUUGUCGGCGCUAUGGUCAUGUGUAGAUUUGUAAAAAAAAAAAUUGCGGUAUGUUGAUGCAUUUGA